AUGUAUACUAAAUUGGAUUUAGGCCACAGACAUAUAAUCAUUUCCGCACAUCUCCUCCAUAAGAUCUUCCACUGCCUUUCACUACUGCCGACAUUGUCUUCCAAUCAGGUCCUUCCACCGCUGCUAGCCACCUCUUCUACUUCAUCUUUGGAGAUUCUUCUGUUCCAUUUCUUGCCGACUUUCUACCGUUCUCUCCCAUCUCCGCCAUCGCUUACUUAUGUCGGGAAACGUCAGUCCCUACCGUGCUCGCCUCUGCUUUCUCCCCGAACGCCAUCGAAUCUAUUUUAUUCAUGUUCCUUAAUCUCCACCAGAAUUCUAUACCCGUUCCAAAUUCCACCGAAACAGAUGCAUUCUGGAACCACUGUUAGCUUUUCAGCUGCUAUGUGUUGCUAUAUGGUGCUCAAAAGGGAGGAGUGGACAGCGAUUAUGCAGAUAAAACUAUCAUUCUACUUGCCUUGCCACCUGCUUCUCUCUCCCCCCUUGCUAAAAAUCAAUUGGGUUCCAUUCAUUUUGGACAAGACAUUAACAAAGUACCUGAGUGGCCUCCAUGCUACCCAAGAAAACACUUCAGUUAUACCCACCCAUCAACUGCUCGAUAAAAUGCCCGAACCAGAUUUUUUAUUUUUUUUUGAAAUAUAUCAUUCAGGGUAAUCUUCAUUUUGUGCUCACUUAGCUUUUCACCACAUUUGGAUUCUGCUCCACCAAGAUGGGUCCAUUUUGCCCAUGGACUACUUCUCUUCUUGUACCAGGUUCCAUUUAGAUAUAUUAACAUCAGAAUCAGUUCUUAUAACUUUUGGUAUAAAUCUUCAUUGAUUUAAUUCCCAAUUUCUCAAUCUUUAUACUACACCUUUGAUGCUGUUGAUGGAAAACA